ACGUUUCACUCUGAAGAGACAGACAGACAGCAGAGAGAGCGAGAGAGAGACAGACAGAGACAGAUAGACAGAGCGAGAGAGAGACAAAGAGAUAUGCUUCUGGUCAUGGUCUUCAGAGGUUUGCUGGUGCUGGGUCUGAUCAUGUCGCUGGACGGAUGUAAGAAAGACCAGAAGACCAAACUGAAGGCAGCCAAAGGCUCCGGACGAGUCAAGGUCUUUGGACGGAGAGUAAUGACUGUAGGGUUGGUUCUGGAUCCUAACCUGAAGACCGCUGUCUUCCCUGUCCUUCAUAUAGCCAACAGGUCUCUCUCUCCAUGGACAUACAGCGACACAUACGAUGAGACCCGAGUCCCUCAACAUAUCUCCCAGGCUCAGUGCCAGAGGUCUGGCUGUCUAACCCCAGAUGGAGAAGAGGACAUGGGGUUGGAGUCCAAACCCAUACGCCAUCAGACCUUGGUGCUCCGCAGGGUUCAGGGAGAGAUGGGCAGCAGCGGAGGGAGGAGGAAGAAGGGGAAGAAGAAGGGGUAUUUCUAUAAACUGGAGAGUGAGAGUGUAAACGUGGGCUGUACCUGUGUGAGACCCAGUAUUUUUCUUCAGAAGCAGUGAUGAUAAAGAGAACGCCUAAUUCAGGAAAUAAAUUCAAAAUUCUUUAAAAUAUAAAAAGUUUCCAUGGAAAAUGGAUUUUUGUUUCUUCCUAGGUUUUGGCCUUUCUAGGGAGGUUUUUCCUAGCCACCGUGCUUCUACACCUGCAUUGCUUGCUGUUUUGGGGUUUUAGGCUGGGUUUCUGUACAGCACUUUGAGAUAUCAGCUGAUGUAAGAAGGGCUAUAUAAAUACAUUUGAUUUGAUUUGAUUAUUUUGUACAUUUCCUGAAUUGAUUGAAAUGGACCCUGACUCUAGUGAAGGCUUCCAUCUUGUGGAGUGUAGCAUGGCUGUAACGUAGAUGUCUUAGAAGUGAAUAAUGGACGUUGAUGUGUUUGUCUUUGGCUUUGAUGUUGACCCGUGGAAAUGGACAAAGUGAUUUAUCACUGACCUCUUGACAUAUAGUCUACCUGGAAACAUCAGAGGUCAACGGCAGGGUUCACAUUCUCUGUUCAUGCUUUCCUACUGUGUUUUAUUUCAUUUAAAUUACUUGUUAAAUGACUUGUUUAUUUAAAGGGAUACUUCGGGAUUUUGGCAAUGAUGCCCUUUGUCUACUUCCCCAGAGUCAGAUGAAAUCGUGGAUACCAUUUUUAUGUCUCUGAGUUUAGUAUGAAGGAAAUAUGAGGUAGUUUUGUGAGCCAAUGCUAACUAGAGUUAGCGCAAUGACGAAGUCUAAGGGUAUCUGCUAUCAUGCCAAAAUGCCGAAGUAUUUCUUUAAAAGACUUGUUAAACUACCUGUUUAUAUAAAUGACAGUGACAUCAUUAAUCAUUAAGUUGCACAAGACUAAAAUGUCAAUGUAAACAUUCAUUUUUUCAUUCAAAUAUUCUUAUUGUAUAGGAAUGUCCAUAUGAUAUGUAGCCUGUGACUAAAUAUUG